AACAGCACGUAGAGCCCCGGACGAGGAAGUGCACACCGGCGCUGAAUUAGAGGUUUGAAGAAGAGACAUUCUACAGAUAUUCUUCUCGUUUGCUACCAACACGUGUACAGAUUGUCCUCCUGCAAUGGAAAACACACGCACAGACACUUUUUUGAUCACUGGAGGUUGUGGUUAUUUUGGUCAUCGCCUGGCGUCCUCCCUGCAUGGAAAAGGUGCCCGAGUCGUUCUGUUCGACACCGCGCCUCCAACCCAGGAAGUGCCGGAGGACUUUGUGUUCGUGCAAGGUGACAUACGGGACUAUGCUCAAGUGGAGAGGGCCGUGGCCGGCGUGGACUGUGUGUUCCACAUCGCGUCCUAUGGCAUGUCUGGCCGGGAGCAGCUGAACCGCCAGCUGAUCGAGGCAGUGAACGUUCAGGGUACAGAGAACGUCCUGAAGGCUUGCGUCCAGCAAAGAGUGUCCAGGCUGAUUUACACCAGCACCUACAACGUGGUGUUCGGAGGCCAAGUGAUAGAGAAUGGUGACGAAAGCCUCCCGUACCUCCCGCUCCACCUUCACCCGGACCACUACUCCAGAACAAAGUCCCUGGCAGAGAUGGCUGUGCUGAAGGCGAAUGGCACCGCGUUGCAGGGCGGCCCGGGGUCGCUGAGAACUUGCGCCCUGCGUCCAGCGGGCAUCUACGGGCCUGGGGAGCAGAGGCACCUCCCCAGGAUAGUCGGCUACAUAGAGAAGGGGAUCUUCAGCUUUGUUUACGGCGAUCCCAGCAGCCUGGUGGAGUUUGUCCACGUGGACAACCUGGUGUCAGCACACGAGCUAGCUGCCGAGGCGCUGACCUCGGAGAAGCAGCACCGCUCGGCUGGCCAGGCCUACUUCAUCUCAGAUGGCAGGCCGGUCAAUAACUUUGAAUUCUUCCGGCCUCUGGUGGAGGGCCUGGGAUAUCCCUUCCCCAAACUACGUCUCCCCGUGUCUCUUAUUUACUUUUUUGCCUUUCUCACAGAAAUGAUCCACCACCUCGUCGGGCCCUUCUAUAACUUUCAGCCACUGCUGACGCGCACAGAGGUGUAUAAAACUGGUGUGACGCACUACUUCAGCAUGGCCAAAGCUAAAGCCGAGCUGGGCUACGAACCCCAGGAGCAAAACCUGGACGAAGCCGUGCAGUGGUUCAGGUGCAGAGGUCACGGGAAGAAAUCUCACAGCUCCACACUCGGUCGGUUUCUACUCAACAUCCUGAUUGUUGCUGCCAUUGCUGCUAUUGCUCUCUCUUUUCUUCCAGGUGUUGGCAGUUGAUGAGAAGCUAAAGCAAAAACAUAAUUUUUUCACAGACGUACUGUAUUAAGACUGGUUCAUAAAUAAAGUAGAUUGUUUACAUGUCAAUAUACAUGUGCACAUCUAACAUCACAGUGCUCAUUACCGACAGGUGCUUCAGACAAAGAAGGCAGCCGUCUAAGACCAAGUUAACAAAAAGAAGAAGUUUCUCAGGAUUAAAAUGUUUGGUUGAGAACAUUUCCAUGUGAUAUUGUAAUACCCAAACAUUUCACUUUGUAUGUACCAAAACAUCUUUGAUGUGUGCAUGUGUGCUAAUUGCGACCUUUGUUUGUCCACAAUUGUAACCUCGUGAAAAUAAAUGUCAAGUGCAAAAAUUGACAAUUACUGAAAACAAAGUGUUUAUAAUUUUAUCACUGAAAC